CGUCAUGAUUCAACGAGCGAGAUGUUGUCAUGAGCUAGCAGCCAAGUCGACAGUGCUAUAAAAAGCAGCGUCAUCGCAACGACCGAAGCAUAUUGCUCCCGAACCCCAUGAGGAAAACAUCUCGAGCCAAUUUGCACUGCGAGGUAAUUGAGUUUAGUUUCCUGCAUCGGCCAAUCUACAGUCAGCUGAAGAAGCCAAGAUGCAUUCUCGCAUCUCAAGGAUGCUGGUGUUGCUGGGCGUGGCUGGUACGUUACUGGGUGGGGCUUUAGCGCAGGAGGACGUAGAGGAGCGUCUUUGGGAUGCAGGUAAGGUUUGUCUUAUCCGCGGUCAAAUUGAUGAUGCGAGUUACUUCUUCAAGAUAGAUGUUAAAUUUUCUUUUAAUAUCUGCCUAAAAAUGAAAUUUGGAAAUGACAGUAAUUGCAUAGGCUGUUUCAGAAUAAGCCAUAUUUUAAAGUCAUUGUAUCAUGAAUAUGAAGACCUAUAUGCUAGACCAGAGUGUGGUGAUAAUUUCACGAACGCAUUGAACUGCGACGUGUAUGAGCAGAAAGUCGGUAGCUGUAGCGUGGAACGCCUGUGCGCAUGCGACGAACUCUGUGAGAGGUUCGGUGAUUGUUGCCGUGACAAUUUCCUUGAUCACGUGAUCGAAGAUGACGCUAAUCCACCGCAGAGCACGAUGGGAAACGACUCUUCCUCCACAUUCCUCCACGUUUACAACGAACCUACCUACCAGGUUUGCGUCGGAUUACCGUCUUCUUUGACAAAUCCCAAGUUUUUCAAGAUAUCUUUCAUUGACGACGAUGAGUAUGACUUACCGCAAGGAUACUUGAUGGUUGGUAAGUGUCCGCCAUCUUGGAACGACGCAGACGUUCGACAUCUCUGCGAAGCACCGGAAGACGAGUCUGACCUUCUGCUUCUACUUCCUGUUGUGUCAUCUGACGACGCAAUGACGUCAUUUCGUAACAUUUACUGUGCUAUUUGCCAUGGAGUUCCGUUGGCAACGGUGACGAGUUGGAGAAUCGAAUUCACAGUGCCCCUUGAUCCGUCUUUUAGAAACGCAAAUUAUAUAGGCCUAGAUGAAAUUGUAAACAUUCUGAAUUCCUCAAAAAUCUUUAAUGAAAGUAACAUCCGGUUCAAACAUAAAUUACACACACUACGAAGUUGUGUUCCAAAUUUAAUUGACGAUUGUCCUUCUGAUUAUGAUGACGAACGAGUCAUUAGAGCUUGCAGAUCGUACUUGACGCCUGUAGUUCAUCCAGUCAGCAACGUUGCUUACAGAAACUGGCACUGCGCGUUUUGCAACAACGCCACUCACCCAACAAUUUGCCAAAUGGAAAGAUUUAGCAUGACUCCGCAGGGUAUUGGCGGCCCCGGCCCACUGACUGCGCUCGUGGACUUCAAAGGAAACAGACUGUCAUUAGGAAGCACUGGUAUUGAAAAUACUUGCGGGAAGGACGAGUUUCUGGAUCCGUUUACCUUGCGCUGCCGUGCAUUAUUUUGUCCGCAAGGGUUUGCGCUUGUGAAUGGCGUCUGUCUGGGGCAGAAUCCACCUGCUGAUGUGACUGGUAUCAUCCAAAGUGAAUGUAUCGAACCUGGGUACGUAGAUAUGGAGGUAGAUAUGUGUCUUGGUGGGAAUUCAUCCCUUGAUCCAUGUGAGUUAUGGCGGGAUUGUCUCAGUUUGCCAUAUCCACCUGUCGUGUCAGGUGAAUGGUGUAGGACGCAGGGACUAGUUUCUGAAGAACGAAGCUGUACGCGCCGGGAGCGCGUUCAUCUAACUGUUAAUUCAACAGUACAAGAACUUGACGACAUACUGAGUGGAGAUACAGAAAGACCAUACCAGAUGUGUCCCUUUAUGGCCUCCGUAACGAAAGUUGUCUUGAAAAAGGGGUGUAUUCCGUCAUCAAGAACAACAUGUAAAGUCUAUCAGACUGGAAAUGUGAGUGGUGUUUACUUGACAUCUUGGAACAAAUCUAAGGCGCUGUAUCUUCUGGAUCUUAACACCAUCAAUUCGUUGCAGGAAUCUCUCUACCAGAUAAGUUACACUCUAAGAAAUGACAGUGUCUCCAACAUCACUCACAUAGUAACCAUGUGCGGAGAUCCUGUCGAUUUUAACUGCCCUCUGGUUAAAGUAAACUCUACGAUGUUGUCUCAACUUCUGAAUGAUACCGAGGAGCCUUUGACAGAUACCAACCACGCCAUCUUAGAUACAGGUGGAGCUUUGGUGUGCCGCCAUCUUGUUUUCACCCCUCCUGUCCCAGCACUGCAAGUCAAUUUUGUAGUCACAACAACUGGCUUUCUCAUAUCCAUGUUGGCACUUGUUGCAAGUUUCGUCACCUAUGUUGAGUUUCCAAGUCUUCGUAACCUGCCAGGACAGUGUGUCAUGUCGCUGAUUGUAGCUGUCUUUUCGACUCAGUUGUUACUUUUGAUGACAGAUGACGAUAUGGCUAGAUCAGUCAGUGAGGCCGCUUGUACUACACUCGCGAUUCUAGUCCACUACGUGUGCUUGUCCACAUUUAGCUGGACCAACGCGUUGGCGUUCUACCUCUCUCGAACACUAGGGCCAGGGGCCAAGCCGGCUGCAGCAAGCCAACUCCGUCACUCGUUCUUGUACUUUAGUCUCUUCGGGUGGGGAGGACCUCUUAUUAUUGUCUUCAUUUGUGUCAUUCUUCACCUCGUCUCUAUGGAAACCAUCUACGGAGUGUCUGAAGCUAAUGGAGGCAUACGAUCUUGCAGCAUCACCGACACAAUCGUGGAGAUAGUUGGGUUUGUGGUUCCAAUCUGCGUCUCUCUCGUAGCUAAUGCUGUACUCUUCGUGAAGAUACUGAUGGGCUUCACUUUCCGAAGGGCGCCCUCUGCCAAUGUGUGUUCCAAAGAGGGGCGUUCCAGUCGCAAACGGAGGGAUGCCUUCAUUUCUGUAAAGAUUGGAUUUCUUCUGGCAUUUACCUGGAUCUUCGGCUUCUUGGCGACUGCAUUCGAAAGCAUCGUCUUACUCUACAUCUUCUGCAUUAUGACGUCACUUCAAGGCGUCUACAUCUUCCUGGCCUUUACCUUCACUCAACAAGUGAGGGCGCUGUGGAGGGAGAAGUUGGGACUAAGACGCCAAGACUCGAAACCCAAGAAAACAACGCAGAGAAAAUACUUCAAGAAUCCGAGGAAGGUAACGUCGCCAACCACAGACAAGAAGGGUUUGUGUCGUCAACAUUCGCCGUCAGAGCACCAGACUGCAGAUACUGCACACACUGGCAGCGCUAAGGAUGUAGAUAUAGUCUAGUUUCCAAGCUUCUAACUGAGACGGUCUCCCUGUGAACAAUCACAUCUUUAACCACGUGUCUUUUUCAACGAUUUCCUAUGGAUUGAUGCAGUGACUGAAUCUGCAUGUAACCAAAACUUUUAAAUACAGCUCCAAUAUAAACUCACUGCUUGUAAAUAAAGCCAUGAGAAUUAAAGAGAAGCUUUCAUAUAAUUAUUAUUCUCACUAAUUUACACAAUAUUUAUUGACAAUUCUUGAGGAUCUGCAGUGUUGAUUCGUUAAACUGCCUCAUAAUAAAAGCUAUAAUUAUUAGUACUAUUAUUUCAUUUUUUAAAUGUACAUGUUCAUGUAAAUAGAGCAUAAUUAAUUAAUUAUACAUAUUUAUAUACAGAAAGUAAUUGAGCUGAAGUGCUAUACAUCCGUUUCUAUUCUUUUUUC